AUGAAUCAUUAUCGUUUGGAAACGAAGGCUCAUGAUGCCUUAUCUACACGAGCGUACGACCUUCUGACAACUCUGGAUCCGUUAACGUGUAGCCGAACUGAGAUACACGACGAUUUGUACGAUCCGUUGACCAAUCCAAAACUGACUGAUCCGAAAAUGUUUAAAGCAGACUUAUCACAUCUUCUUCGCUAUCCACCUCCUAGAGGUUAUGAUCGGGCUAAGGAACUUCUUGCCGCAUAUUUUGCCAGAUUUUUGAAGGUAGAUGUUGACAAAAAGAAUUUGCAGCUGGCUCCUGGAGUUACUGGAGCUUACGAUAUGCUUGCUUUUACGCUGUUAGACAAAGGCGAUUCUCUGCUGUGUCCGGCACCUUAUUAUGGCAGAGUUACCAAUGAUUUUAAGGAGCGUGCCGGUGUUACAACUUUACCAAUGCCAAUUAGCGAUCCAUAUAAUCCAAAAUUAGAAGUUGUAGAUCUUGAAAACGCAUAUAACCAAUACACAGCUAAGGGAGCAAAAAUUAGAGCAAUAUUGCUGAUUAAUCCUCAGAAUCCGUAUGGUAAUGUGUUUUCAAGAAACGAAAUUAUUGACGUUUGUAACUGGGCAACAUCGAAAAAUAUGUUUGUUAUUAUUGACGAAAUUUUCGUGUCGUCUGUUUAUUAUGAAGCUGAAAAGUUUGAAAGCUUUUUGGCUUACCGAGAUCAAUUGCACGAUGCAGAUAAAGUCUUCUGGGUUUGGGGUUUCAGUAAAGAUCUAUGUAUGCCAGGAGCUAAAAUAUCGGUGAUACAUACCACCCACCUAAAAGCUACUAAAUGCUUAAGUAGAAUAGAAUUGCUUCAGCCAUGUUCAUCAUUAGCGCAAGACUUCGCCAUUAAUCUCUUAAGUGAUCUUGAUUGGGUAGAAAAGUUCCACAAAGAAAAUGUUCGAAGACUUGGAGAGCAAUGCAGCUUGGUAAAAACAAAAUUCCAAGAGAUGGGUAUACCUUUCGCUCCCUGUACUGCUGGUUUUUAUAUCUAUCUUAAUUUUCAAGACUACCUGGCUGAGCUAACACAUGAAGAAGAAUACAAAUUUUGGAGAAAGCUUUGCGAUGAGGGAGUUUAUCUGAGUACAGGCAAAUAUUUCAACGAUUCAAGACCUGGAUGGUUAAGGAUGGUGUUCUCGUGCGAAAAGGGGAUGUUACUUGAAGGUAUUAUAUCAGUAAAUGUUUUUAUUGAACGCUGCUUAUAUCCUUCUGUGUGCCAUUAG